CUGCGGGAUGGUCUUUGGCUACCUGAGAGAGAGGAAGAGGGCCUGUGAAGGCUCCCGAUUCCUCCCUCCCUAGGCACGCUAUCUGGCGGGGAUUUUAGGAGUUUACGUGAACCCCAAGUUUAGGGAGCUUUCUGUUAGUUUCUGUUAGUUUCGUGCAUUAAAUAGGCCUUUCUUGAUCAAUAAUGCCCUGUAACUUCAUAGGCAGCUUGAUUAUUGAUUUGUAGGAAGUUAGCACCCACCCCUCUCCUAGAAGAAUGAGAUAUUUUGGGAAAUAUUAAAAAGGCAAAAUAUAUUUCCCUGGAUGAGGAAUGGAGAAGCAUGUUUCAAAGACGAAGCAGCUCCCACCUUCUUGUCCUCCCCCCCCACCCCUUUAUCAAUGGGCCAGAGGAAGAAACCCAAUUACCACCCCCUUUUGUCAAUGGACCAUCAUCUGCAAUACAAUAGGACCCAUCUAGCAACAGAAACCCCCCAUAUGGCACCUGGGGAGAUUACAUCAGCCAGCACCGCUAGCUAUGACCUCUCACAGCAACCAAUCAGGGUACUCUUCCUGUGCCCCAGGAAGUUCAAAGCCAGAGGGGGUAUAAAACCCAGGGAUUCACAGCAUCUCGGCUCCUAUUGGGACAUCAAUUUACCAGCUGGUGAUUUUCUUCUUUUUCUUUGUCUAGAUCAGGGGUGGGCAAUUAAUUUUUAUCAGGGGCCGCAUGAGAAGCCUGAAUUGUGUCAGAGGGCCACCAACUUUCUUUCAUUGUAAAAUACUUAAAUUAAAUAUUUUGAAUAGCUGUUACUGAUAAUCAGAAGAAUAAAGCACUCUGUAAAUAUGUAUAUUAGGUUAUGUGAAACUGUGGUCUAUUGGUUAAAUAAGAAAAACAAUUAUUGAACGUAACGCUUUUCAAAAUAAAAGUUAAAAAUAAAAGUUAAAAAAAAAGUUUAAUUUAUGGUGUUUAUGAUUGGCCUCACGCGGGCCGGACAGGGACGUACAAAGGGCCGGAUGUGGCCCGCGGGCCUUAAUUUGCCCAGGUCUGGUCUAGAUCAAACUUUAGACUGCCAAAAUGAAAUCACCUUGGUUUUGUCUUUGGGCAAAAAUAAGUCAUGAUCAGUAUAUGCUUCUGGUAGUAGAUAACAUACCAGCAGAUGGGGUAGGCUCUGUGUUUCUCCGCAUUCACACAGUAUGUUGUUAUCCACUAAAAUCCUCCACUUAAGCAUAUUGAUCUUACAUCUAGACACUCCAGUCCUCAGCCUAUGCAGGGUCCUCCAAAUAGUAUAAGGGAGAUAUGAUUCUUCAGCCAUAUCCUCCUUUAACAUUAUGCCUUCUUCAGUUGUCUCCUUUCUUCAUUUUUCCAUAUGGUUUUGUUUUUGCAUACCCUCAAGAAUGUUUGUUCUUGCCGUAAAGCUUUUCCUAGAUGUGAGUCAGUAGGCUUGGGGCAUAUGUCUAUUCAGAGGAUGUCAAGUUGGUGAUAUUGAGUUUGUGGCAACUCGAGAGUUUAUGGCCACCAUGAUAACCACAAAUCUGUCCCAAGUCAUCAUGAACAUCAUGCAUAACAGCUAACACUUUAGAUCUGGAUUUUCUCUUGGGGCAGAUGAGAUAUCAUCUGAUUCUGGAGGACAUUAUUAUUAGUCCAUUGCUGUGGUCAGAUCACUUUCUGAAUGCUUUUUUGACUCACUGGUGCCAAACUACCCGUAAAGCCUGUUAAAUCAGCCUGCCCUAAAUGACUAAAUGAAAGUGCAUAUAGUCAAGGCUAUGGUUUUCCCAGUUGCAAUGUAUGGCUGUGAAGGUUGGACCAUAAGAAAGGCUGAGCGCCAAAGAAUUGAGGCCUUUGAACUCUGGUGCUGGAGAAGACUCCUGCGAGUCCCUUGGACUGCAAGGCGAUCAAACCGGUCAGUCCUAGAGGAGAUCAACCCUGACUGCUCUUUAGAAGGCCAGAUCCUGAAGAUGAAACUGAAAUACUUUGGCCACCUAAUGAGAAGGAAGGACUCACUGGAGAAGAACCUAAUGCUGGGAAAGAUUGAGGGCAAAAGAAGAAGGGGACGACAGAGAACGAGGUGGCUAGAUGAAGUCACUGAAGCAGUAGGCAUGAGUUUAAAUGGACUCCAGAGGAUGGUAGAGGACAGGAAGGUCUUGAGGAACGUUGCCCAUGGGGUCGCGAUGGAUCGGACACGACUUUGCAACUAACAACAACAAAUGACUAUUGGACCUGUGUGAUUAUACUAUGUUGUCUUACAGGAUUCAGAAGUUUCAACCAUGGAAAUCAGCAGCAGAAUUGAGUGUAUAUUUUUCAGUGAAUUCCACCCAACACUGGGGCCUAAAAUAACAUAUCAGGUACCAGAGGAUUUUAUUUCUCGAGAGUUGUUUGAUACAGUGCAAGUAUAUAUCAUCACCAAACCUGAACUCCAAAAUAAGCUUAUCACAGUUACAGCUAUGGAAAAAAAGCUAAUUGGAUGCCCAGUUUGCAUUGAACAUAAGAAAUACACCCGGAACGCCCUGCACUUCAACCUUGGCUUCGUUUGUGAUGCUAGAGCUAAGACCUGUGCACUGGAACCGAUUGUGAAGAAAUUGGCAGGUUAUCUUACUACUCUGGAGCUUGAAAGUGGCUUCAUUUCUAAUGAUGAGAGCAAGCAAAAAUUGAUACCCAUCAUGACCAUUCUACUUGAAGAACUGAAUGCUACUGGCAAAUGCACUCUGCCUAUUGAUGAAUCAAACACCAUUCACCUGAAAGUGAUUGAGCAACGUCCUGAUCCCCCCAUUGUUCAAGAAUAUGACGUCCCUGUCUUCACCCAGGAUAAAGAUGACUUUUUAAAUUCCCAAUGGGACCUCACUACUCAACAGAUCCUGCCAUAUAUUGAUGGAUUUCGGCAUGUUCAGAAAAUAUCAGCUGAAGCAGAUGUGGAACUCAAUUUGGUUCGAAUUGCCAUCCAAAACCUUUUAUAUUACAGUGUGGUCACUCUUGUUUCAAUACUUCAGUACUCAAAUGUUUACUGCACAACUCCUAAAGUUCAGGACCUAGUGGAUGAUAAGUGCUUGCAAGAUGAAUGUCUCUCAUAUGUCACAAAACCAGGACACAAGCGAGCCAGUUUGAGAGAUGUUUUCCAGCUCUACUGUGGAUUGAGCCCUGGGACAACUGUUCGAGAUCUUAUUUGCCGCUAUACCCUCCAACUCCAGAGAGUGGAUGAAAGAAAACUCAUCCAGUUUGGUUUGAUGAAGGGUCUUAUUCGGCGGCUCCAGAAAUAUCCUGUAAAAAUAGUUCGGGAUGAAAGAAGUCAUCCAGCUCGACUAUACACUGGCUGCCAUAGCUAUGAUGAGAUUUGUUGUAAAACAGGAAUGAGCUAUCGGGAAUUGGAUGAAAGAUUAGAGAAUGAUCCCAAUAUAAUUGUUUGUUGGAAAUGAGACUCUUCGAGACAUGGGAUGAUUAUUAUGCCCUGUUAACUUUUAAUUGGGCUGCAUGAGACAUUGUGGUGGCCCCAGGACUCUUCUGGCUCAUGAAAAGCAGCCUGGCUUAAACUGUAUACUCCCUGAAAAAAAAAUGUGGUAAAUGGAUUUGACUCUCUUUGCAUCUCAGCAGAGAUGCAGAACCGUGCUGCUUUUUUUUGUGGAGGGUGUGUUAAAAAACACAGGAGUAUAAAGAAACUUCAGAAAGCUACGGUAUUGAGCAAGGGAUAAAAUAGUUUGAAAAUAGUUUGGAAGGAACCGAAGUGGAAAAAUGCCUAGCAGGGAAUGCUGUACCAUAAAUUCUCCCGCUUAAUCUGCUGUUCCUCAGCAGCAGCAGAAAAAUCUAUUCUGCUUAUUACUAUCUCAUUCUGGAUUUCCCCCCUAACUAAUAACUAUAUGCUUCUCUAUCACAAUAUGCCUUCUUUUUUAACGAAAGGCAUCUGGAUGUCUCAUACCCACUUGAAAUCCUUCAAGAGUUUUGGAAAAAAAUCUGCAGAUUAAUGGAUAAUCAUGCUAAUAAAAAGCAAGCACACUCUUUUUGGGAAGUAAAAUACUGAAGUAAAACUGUGGAAAUACAGCUGCAGCAUAAUUAUAUUUAAUAUAAUUGGACUCAACCUAUUUACCUUGUAUACUUUUCAAAACUACUGGCUGUGAGAAAAAAUGAUGGGUCUCUUCUAUUUUCUAAAGCUCAUUUAAACCAGAAUAUUUUUAUGUGGAAAUUUAAUGCAAAUGCAGCAAUUGAAAGGGAAACUAAACAUAGCAAAAAUAAAAAAAAAUAUUUGUUUAGAGUCUCUAAUUCAUUAUUUGAUAUCUUUCUCUUCUAAAUCGAUUAAAGCUUUUCUAUCUGAAGAGAACUUGAUGUAUAUGUGUGGAAUUUUGAUAAAAUGUGAGUGCUACCACAAACUGACUACUUUAGUGCCAAAUACAGGUGGUUCUCACUUAUCGACCACAAUUAGGACCAACAACUCUGUCACGAAGCAAUGUGAAGUGUGACUUCCUGCUGGCUUUCCCAUUGAUUUUGCAUGUCAGGAACUGGCUGUGAAAAUCAUAAAUAGCAGUCACAUGACCGCAGGACUCUUCAAUGGUUAUAAAUGUGCACUGGUUGCCAAGCACCGGAAUCUUAAAUCACAUUGACUGGGGUGGGUAAUGCAGUGGCUACAACUUUGGGGACCAGUUGCAAUCUCCUUUUUCUGUGCCAUUGUAACUUCAAAUGGAUACUGAAUGAAUGAUAAGCCAGGACUACCUAUAUUCCUUUGAAACCAUACUGAGGACAUUUCUCUCAUAAGACCUCCCAGAAAAAAAUCACAUUACUUAGCUGUCUUUUUUCGGUGUGUCAUUUUCAAAUAUAGCACUGGACUGUAUCUUCCCUAUAAUUUUCAUUUUCUAAGAAUGCUCUGCAUACAUACAUACAUACACAUACACAUACAUAAACAUACAUAGAAGAUUCAGAGGCAUUGCUGGAAAUAAAAGUGUUACUUGAGCAAAUGUUCUUUACAAUAUGCUAAUUUCUCAUUAUUUUAAAAGUAAAGUAUGUUAACAUCCACAUGUGCUAUGCUAUUUGUGAAUAACUUUUUACAUUCUAUUACUGCUGCAUUCUAUUAAAUUGAUGUUGAUUGAU